AUGAGAAGUGUUUGCCCCUCUAUUCUGCAGCGGCAGCUGCUGCCUUCCUCCCUGUCUGUGAGCGGCUGCCGCGGUUCCGUUAUCUCAGGUGCAUCCAGGGGAGCCCCAAAGGGGCCCCUGGGGUCUGCUGGAGUUGCAGUUGCUCUCCCAGCGUGCAGCACUCCUGGGGGCGCCAGGCAUACGGUGCCUAAUGAGCGCAUGCAGCAGAAAUGGGCCUGGAUUUGUGGCGGCUCGCUGGGACGGGUGGAGUUGAGGAGUCUGUCAACAAGUACGAGCGCUCCCGAGGAGAAACAAGUGGGAUCAGAGGGGGAGGAGAGACACGCUUUUCAGGCUGAGACACAAAAGCUGCUGCAGAUCGUCACACAUUCUCUCUACACCGACAAGGAAGUCUUCAUUAGGGAGCUCAUCUCAAACGCAUCCGAUGCGUUGGAGAAAUUCAGAUUUUUACAGGCGUCGGAGCAGCAGCAAGCGGAACAGCAGGAGCAGCAGCAGCAGCAGGAGCGAGGACAACUCCGCGUCGUCUUACGUGUUAAUCCUGCAGAGAAGACAUUCAUCAUUGAGGACAACGGUGUGGGAAUGAGCCGCGACGAACUUGUCAAGAAUUUGGGCACCAUCGCGAGAAGCGGGUCCCUGGAGUUUUUGAAAAACGCCGGGCCAAACGCCAGCAAAGACAUCAUAGGCCAAUUUGGUGUGGGAUUCUACUCGAGCUUUGUGGUGUCUGAGCGCGUUGAGGUGUACACGCGGUGCCGCGACGGUGGACGUGUGCUGCGUUGGUGCAGCGACGGCUCCGGGUCUUUCACGUUGUCAUCUGCUGCAGCAGACUCUCUUAGCUCGCCCUCAGGCACCAAAAUUGUAUGCCACUUGAAGCAAGACUGCCUAGAGUUCGCGAAUCCCCACAGAGUUAAGGAAUGCGCGCAGAAGUUCUCCGCUUUUGUUAACUUUCCAGUGUAUAUGGAGGAUAAUGGCAAAGAGGUCCAGGUGUCAUCGCAAGAGGCCUUGUGGCUUAAAACCUCUGCCACCCCUGAGGAGCACAAGCAGUUCUUUAGGCAUCUGACGAACCAGUCCUGGGGGGAGCCUUUCUACAGCAUCAUGUUCUCAGCUGACGCACCAUUGAGCAUCCGCUCUGUUUUAUACUUCCCGGCAGACCCCCCGAACCGCCUGUUCCAGACGGGUCCCCUAGAAAGUGGGGUAUCUCUGUUGUCUCGUCGCGUGCUUGUUAAGAAAAGCGCCACAGAUCUUCUUCCAAAGUGGCUGUGGUUCCUCCGAGGCAUCGUAGACUGCGAGGACCUUCCCCUUAACGUCAGCAGAGAGCACAUGCAGGACUCUGCCUUACAGCGCAAACUAUCGAGUGUCAUCGUUAGGCGUAUCCUCAGGUUCCUCAACGACCAAAUGAAGUCGGAUCCGGCGAAGUAUCAGCAGUUUUACCAAAAGUACUCUCAAAACAUAAAGGAGGGCGUUUUGGAGGAUGCGCACAACGGCAGCACUUACAAAGACAUGCUGCUGCCUCUCCUUCGGUUUGAGUGCUCUUCGGAGGAGGCCGGCAAAAUGAUCACUUUGGACGAAUACCUCGACAAAAUGCCAGAGAAGCAAAAGCACCUUUACUACUACUGCUGCUCAGACAGGGCGACGGCGCUCUCCUCUCCCUACAUGGAGCAGUAUGUCGCGAAGAGCCGCCCCGUGAUCUUGAUGACUGCGGAUAUCGACGAAUUCCUGGCGAUGAACCUCUCUGAGUACAAGGGGAAGCGGCUAGUGGCGGUGGAUUCUCCUGGGGAGGACGUGGAGGAGGAGACAGCGGAGGAGGAAGACACAAAAGCAGCUGACGAGAAACAGGGGAAGCCCAAGCUGGUGGGGGAGCAGCAAACCGAGCUGGCGUCAUUCGUGAAGCUGGCAUCUGGCCCAUCGGAAGCUCUUGCUGAGGAUACCCUCGCCUCCCGUGUGACGGCAGUAAAGUUUUCGGAGCGUUUGCUGUCCUCUCCCGCUGUUGUCUCUGGCUUCCUUUCUCCCACUCUUAGGCGAAUGAUGAAGGCCACAUUGCAGGGGGCCCCCGAGGCGCAGCUGAACUUAGCGAGCCUUCCGGCUACACUUGAGUUGAACCCUUCGCAUGAGCUGAUCACCUCGCUGUAUCAUCUCCGUACCUCGAACGCAGAUGUGGCCAAGCUUUUGGUGGAGCAGCUGUUUGACAACGCCUGCGUCGCCGCGGGUAUCAUGGAAGAACCGAAGUCCAUGCUGGGGAGGUUGAAUAAACUGAUGUCCCUCACGGCUCAAUACGCCUACCACCACGCGGGGGGAGGGGCUGCUGCUGCCCCGGCUUCCCCGCCAUCUGGGGAGGCGGCAAAAGCGGAACCGGAGGAGGCUUCCGAGACAAAAAUGCAGCAACCUGGGGGCAUUUAA